AUGCCCAUAUCAGCUCUUCCUCAAUCCACUAUCCGAAGUCUAGGUUCUUCAGUUAUCAUCACGACUCCCUGUGACGUGGUCAAGGAGCUUAUUGACAAUGCCAUAGACGCUGGAGCCAGCUUUAUUGAAGUUGCAGUCUCUUCUAACUAUCUCGAUACGAUUCGAGUCCGAGAUGAUGGCCAUGGAAUCGACGUCGACGACUUUGAUGCCCUAGGUCGGCGAGCUCAUACCAGCAAGCUGAAAGCGUUUAAUGAGAUUGGGUCAAGAGCUAGAGAGUCACUCGGCUUUCGCGGUGAAGCACUUGCAGCGAUGAACACUUUCGCUACCAUCUCUAUCACGACUCGGACAACAAGUGAUGUGGUAGCGACUCGUUUACAACUCAAGCGCGCUGUUGGGGGAAGUGAGAAUCGGUGCCCUACAUCGGCCCCUGUUGGAACAACCGUUCAAGUUACCAAGCUCUUUGAUACCCUGCCGGCAAGGAAACAAUAUUCUUUGAGAAACAGCGCCAAAUACAUCAAAUCCACCAAAGAUCUUUUUAAAGCUUAUGUGCUAGCUCGACCUGAUCUCAGAUUGUCAUUCAAAAUACUGGGCGAGGCCGUCGGCGGCUGGUCAUAUGCUCCAGCAUGUGCGGCAGAGAUCAACGAGGCCACUCUACAGAUAUUCGGAAAAGCUCUCGCUAACAGCUGCAUACAUGUGUCUCGUAAUUCUGCAUGCGAUCAAGCCGCAUUUACCCAAGCCAGCCAAGAGGCAACUGAAGACUUCAUAUUAGAAGCUUUCAUGCCAAAAACCGGGUUUGACCUCCCUGCUGUCAAGGGCAAAGGCCUCUAUUUAUCUGUCGACUCGAGACCACUCUCAUCUACCUGUGAUAUAGCAAAAAAGAUUACAGCCAUUUUCAAAAACCAUUUAAACAGAGUCACAGGUAGCAACGAAUCUUGUACCAGCGUAUCCAACCCCUUUCUACGACUCAAUAUUCGCUGUCCAGCCCAUAGUUAUGAUGCCAACGUGACGCCACUGAAAGACGAAGUUGUAUUUGGAGAUGAAAACAAGAUUACUGCAAGUUUUGAGGGGUUGUGUCAGAGAAUAUACUCCGAGCGAUUCAUGGCCGAACCCUUUUUAUCCUCAAAGUCUUCGAGGUCUGAAGAGGAGGCAGGGGACUCAAAAUCACACAUAGAGAACAGUGGGAAUAUGCACACUAAAGAUUUGAACAUAUUUAGCGGUAUAUCGCAAGGCGACCAUCUGACUGAUCAAGUCACUGCAUUACUACCUUUACCCCGAGAGCCAGACUCACAGAAUGGAGUAUCACUAACCAAGAUGAGGACAUCAAAAAUAGUCAAUAUGUCUCGUAUCAACAGCAAUUCUACUGAUGAAGACUGUACUAUUAACAGCGUUGAUAUACAAGUGCCUGUUUCACUCAUGGCUGCAUCUCAAAUCUCACCUGGCCGGAGACCACAAGUCCCCAGAAUUUCUGCAUCGGAAAACAUUGAACGAUAUCUACUCUCGAGAAAGAAUGAGGGAUUCAAGAUAGCAACUGAUGAGACAGCAACCAGGAAAAGCGACUUGCAGACAGGCCCCCCCGAAUCGCCCCCAGGUAUAUUCAACCGCAAGCCUCUGCAGCCUUUGACUGAAUCCAUGUUAAAUGCGAUGAAUGGUCAACCAGAUUCAGAAUCAGAUGUGUCUAGUGCAGAGCCUGAGAUGUUGACAUUGGAUGAUAAUACAGAGAGGACAAUUAACGCCAAUGCCAGAGAAGAGAGAGCCCAGCAAAUUUCACCUGUUCCUACUCCGUCUUCGCCGGACCAUGAACCCUUGGCACUUCGUUCUCCGCGUCAGCUCAGAAGUGUUGCGGAAUGGCUAACCCCUCCUUCGUCUGGCCCUUUACGAAACGUGAGACUCUCUAAUUCUUCGUUUAGACCCCAGCAGAGAACAACAGCGAGAGACAGCCCUACAGGAAAUGUGGCAGUACGACCAUGGCCGAGAGCUCCGCAAAGUGGCAGAACAAUACCCUUUAUAUUGCCAGGGGAAAACCGUAACCGGCGACGAUUAACACACAAUGAGACGAUUGAACAAGAAGUAGACAUACCGAGAGAUAACCCGAGAGAGACCCGCGCUCAGCUAUACUUCCAAGGAGUUCAAGGGUUAAAUCGUCAGCAAGACAGAACGACUAAUGCUUUUGAAUUAGCAUCACAGCUAGAUACUACCCGGCGACCUGUUUCACAUAAGAAUUUCUUCUCACAUGAACCAGGCCACCACUCUCAUAUUAUCCAGACUUCGUUGCUGGAUAGUCAGUAUUCUGGCGAUAUACCAUCGUCAAGGAGAGCCCAAGAAGUGUUAAACGCGCGUGAUAACCUCUCAGCAACCCCCCAGCGUGAUAUUCGCCCAUCAAUCGAAGCUUCCGUUUGCGGAGAUUCCCAGAAUAGAGCGCCUUUCAGAAAUACACAUGGCAAGCUGGAGGAUCCGAGACUUUAUCUUAUCAAGAGGCGGCGUUCACAAGCCAGGCAUGGUAUUGCGAGGCGACUGUCAUCCCGUCGACUUCCCCUCGAAGUGACACCAAUUCACUUGGCGAUGCAGAGUUCAUCAACCUCUCGUAGGCUUUCACUGAGAAGGGUCAAGACAUUGGCAAGACAGACUCGUCUGCAAGGCUACGAUAUUGUGCCAGGGGACUGGGGUAACGCAAUAACUUUCAAAAGUAUGGAGGAAGCUGGCAAGGUAGAAUCCCGUCUCCAGGAUGCAGUUGACUCGUGGAAGCAGACACAGAAUCAGGCGAUUGAAGUAGAAUACAAGCUACGCUCGGCCGCCAAAGGUAAGAAUCCUGCAUUUACUGACCAAUAA